CAUGAUGCCACAGCAGCAGCUUGCCUUUGUACUGACCGACAGCUCCGCUAAGGUCCUGUCCUCCGAGCGGCAGCUGAUACGGCGUCACUGCAUGCGACUGAAAAACAAGCAGCCGGGUUCCCGUCGUUCGAAGCGUGAAGCUGCUAGAGCAACGGAUAGAUAUUAUUCACCGAAAGCCGAGAGGCAGGAUCAAGUGUUGUCCCGGGGAGAAAAGAGAAGACAAGCCUCCAAUGAACAUAACGCUCUGCCACCGCCGUCGCCAUCAGACUGGGCGCUUUUUCAGUUUCAAGAGGAACUUGAUGCUUCCUCUCAGAAGAUGAUGCAUCAAUACUUCAUCUGUAAUCCGAUCAGAGACCCUUUAUGUCCCUUCAAGCUCUUCGGCAUCCAGAUUGACUUUGACCAAGACCCAUUCUGGUGUUUCCAAAUGCUAGUUUCUGAAAAGCUGUGUUUCCAUGCCCUCUUACUAUUAGCCUCUGCAUCGAACGACUUGAUCCUCCGGCGGUCAUUAUCAAAAACCACAUAUCGACAUCUCCAAAACACUUUGCCCAUUCUCAACAAUCGACUGUCUGAUACGAAUGCGCAUCAAUAUGACAUGAUCCUCUACGUUGUUGGCAUUCUAGCCUCUAUCGCCAUUGUCUUCGGCGACCACAAUGCCGCCCAGAUGCAUGCUGCGGGUAUAUCAGAGAUUCUGCGUCUUCGUGGUGGUGUCGCUGCCGGUACGCGUAAUUCCAUGAUACAUCUUUCGAUAGAUCGUAAAAGUCUUAAUUUCUCAAGUAUGCUUGUCACCAAACUCUGGACUCCCAUCUACAACGGCUCCGUGUGGAAAGACCCAGUUAUGCCCGUUGGGGUUACGAAGCUAUAUUAUUCACGAAACAUGGUAUGCGUCGACGGGCUGGUCGACUCAAAUUUGGCGGUUGUAUUCCACACUCUUCAACAUACCGCGAUACUGCUCAACAAGCAUUAUCAUAACCAGACUGCGGUUAACGGGGUCUUUUUGCAGGAGUCUCUCAGCUUUGUGCAUUCAAGUCUCAUAGAACUCGACGGCCAGCUGACAGAUGUUCUAUCUGAGUGUAUCCGUCUUGGUAUGAUGGCUCUUUUUGCAGCAACGUUUCGGCUUCCUGGGUUGUACGAGCAUCCUUGCUGCAAAGCUCUAGCCAAUGAGCUCCACCUUUCAUACGCUGCGGCCCGCGGGUCGACUUCAGAUGUUCCGGAAACUAUAGAUAUCUGGUUGAUGUUAGUGUCUCUAAUUUCUGUUGAUAAUAUGGAUAGUCUGUAUGUAUGGGAAAGUUGGAAAGUAUUAGCGACGCGUGGACUGUCGUGGGAUGGGAUACGCGGGCAUUUGCAGCGAGUUAUGUGGAUUGACGCUUUUCAUGAUGACCUUGGUAGAAGAGCAGUUGACAGAUUUAGAAAGUACUUAGAGAUUUCUAAUGUAUCUGAUAACUGCUGCCUGCUAUGA